ACAAUGAAUACCUUUGUAAGAUGAUUGACGAUUUUUUUCUAGCCUCUGAAGUGGAAUAUACCCAUUUAACUAAGGACUGAUAAAAAUGCCUACUGUGUUGCCCCCGUCAACCAAGUCCAAGGUCAAAAUCCCCCCAAAGAACCCCCGAGUUGUGAAGGAGCCCCUGGAAAAACGAGCGCUGGUUCCUUCUGAGUUCCUUCGAGUGGCGCAACAAGAUACUGAGGAGAAGAGGGAUGACGUCACUGAGAUUAGAGUACCCAGAGUGAUCGAACUGCUAGACAUUCGAGAACAGUCCAACUCGCUCAAUUGUGGAGUUCCCAUUGACGAGCCUCUGUUCCAGCCGUUUCCCAGUGAAAUCAUCUAUCAGAAGUUCGAACCAUGCAAAGUGUACGAGCAAAGCUUACAGUUGAGGAAUAAUGACCAGACUGCACGACUGGUGAAAGUGACUCAUGAAAGUUCAGCCUACUUCAAAAUCAUUCCUCCCAAGAACCCGGGAGAUAAAGUGGCGCCUGGGAUGACAUGCACAUUCAAGAUACAGUUCCUGCCGGACGAACCAAAGGACUAUCUACACGAACUGUUUGUUGUCACUGACCGUGAGAAGUUUGCCAUCCCUAUCCGUGCAAUAAACGGCCGUGCAAUCCUAGACUUCCCAGACGAAGUCAAGUUUGCACCGAACCCAGUGAAAAACUUGGCAUGCAAAACACUCUUCGUGCGGAACAUAGGCGACAGGGAGUGCAGAUUCACGUGCAAAACAAGGGGUGCAUUUGACAUCGAGCCUAAACACGGUUCGGUUCCUGUUGGCGGGAAUAUGCAGCUAGUUGUCAAUUUUCAGCCAAUUACAAAUGGGUGUCACAAUGAGCUGUUGGAAAUACAUUACGACACAGGCGAAGACUUGUGUGUGCGUGUAAGUGGUGUAGCGACAGAUGUGAACAUCAGACUAGAUAAGAGCACAGUGAGGAUGGAGAACACUUUCAUCUCUCUUUCGACCAGAAGGACAGUCGGAAUCACGAACAGGAGUGACGUCAUCGCUAAGUUCCAGUGGAAACUCCUGCCGUCUCGCAAAGAAGAUGAAGAGUUCAUCAAAGGUUGUGAGCAGGAAUUGGCCAUCUAUGAGCAGAAUGGUAUCGGCACCCAUAAUAACACUGGCUCAAUUCUGCCCUCUGCUCCUACUCUGGAACAGCUGGAGACAACUGCUGCUGACAAUCACGUUGACUCAUCGGUGACACAGACUUCAACAGGAGAUUACGAGAAGCAGAAAAGCAGCAGCCCAGAAAAUGAGGAAGGAUGCAGCAAUGAGAGUGCGAACAACAACAAUAACAGCCCUGCAUCUGCUGACAUGGGCCACAAGCGGGCACUGAUGAACAGGACGUUCGUGAACAAGAAGAACGUGCUGCACAACGAGAACCUGCUCUUCUCAGACGACGUCUUCUCUCUCUUCCCUCUCGAGGGAGAAGUGUGGCCCAACACCACUUUAGACUGUGAGGUGAUGUUCAAACCGAGGGAGGUGGAGAACUACGAUGUGCAGAUGUACCUGGAGGUGACUGGGAGGGAGAAGCGACUGCCUCUGAGACUGCACGGGACAGGGGUUGGACCCCAGAUUGACCUGUCCUUUGAGACACUCAAUGUGGGCAAUAUAUUCUUGGGAUCAAAACACUUCUACGAGGUGAUUUUGUGGAACAAAGGAGACAUAGAUGCCAUCUACACCAUAGUGCCUAGACACACCAACACCCCCCUUAGUUCCUGCUUCUCUUUCGACCAAUUGGAGGCAUUCGUCCCCCCGGGGGGCUACCAGGCCAUCAAAGUAUCCCUGGACGCGAAUCUGAUCGGACCCAUAGACGAAGUGUUUGACUUCAAAGUGGACGGGAUGCGAGACACUGCACCCAAGAUUGCAAUCAGGGGACAAGUGAUUGGACCGACUUUCAACUUCAGUGUGAACAGAUUGAAGUUGGGUCAUGUACCAUUUGGUUUCCUGACUACAGUAGAAGUUGAUCUGGUCAACACGUCUUUAGUCCCCCUCAAUUUCCAACUUGAGAUGUCCGAAGACGGUGACUACCCUGGUGUCUCUGGAACCGAGGAGAACGCCGACUUCCUUCUCCAUUCGCGGCCCGACACUAGACGUCCCCAGGAGUUCCGUAUUGCACCAAGCUCGGGCCUGGUUCCCGCUCAGUCGUCCACGAAGAUUGCGUUCGGACUGUUGCCGAAUACCUUGGGGAAAAUGGAGCGGGAGGUUCUGGUGUAUUUGAAGGAUAUCGAGGGUUGUCAGAUGGCGCUUCCACUUUCGGCAAGGGUCGUUGUACCCGAUUUGAAGUUUGAAACUGCUUUUGUGGACAUGGGAAGGUGCUUCCUGAGGUAUCCCUAUCAGCAGACAGUCACUCUCUCCAACCCUUCCGCCAUUCCCGCCAGAUACGAACUGGUGCCUCAAGACAGGGCAUCCAAGCAUACAAUCAUGUACGACGCGCCCAAGUCGUGGGGCGUGAUCGAGGGCAACAGUAGUGUGGACUUGGAGAUGGUGUUGCAGAUGUGUGAGAAGGGACAACACAGUCUGCCUGUCAUGUUUUCCGUCUUCGGAUCCCCAAACAUCACACUCCAGUUCAUAGUGCAGUGUGAGGGCGAGGGUGCAGUGACUCUGGUCGAGCCCACUAGUCUGGAGUGGGGAAAAGUGAGGGUACUGGAGAGACACAUGAAGAGCAUCUCCCUCAAGAAUGAUUCACUCAUCUCGGCCAAGUUCAAGUGUCGAAUGAGACGACCCGACAGUGUCUUCUCAACGGAUCCUGUCAGUGGUGUGAUUGAACCUGGAGAAACUACUUCAGUUGCUGUUUAUGCCAAACCAAACGACAUUUUCCAGUUUUCGGACAAUUUACUAGUCGGCUUUGAGGAAUCGGCAACUCAAACAGUUGUUCUGACAGCCACUGGUUUUGGCCCCACAAUAGUAACUGAUCCUCCUAUGGAACCUUGUCUGGACUUUGGACCCCAGUUCAGCCAGCAUGAGUCAUGCAGGGAUGUGGUGGUGACUAAUCAGGGAAGGAGACUGCAGCGGGUGCACUUUAUGGUGGAGGGGUCAUCUGGGAAGAAGACGGCAUCUACCAAGGGAGGAUCUUCAAAAGACUCGGAUGACAAUUCGUGCUUCAGGGUUGUGCCUAACCGAUUAGCAUUAGAACCCAACAAAUCCGAGACUAUCAAAGUGAUCGCAUUCUCACAGACAGAGCGUGUUGUGUGCGAGGAGCUGAUUGCCACCUCAAUCAUAGGUAAACUGGCUGGCAAAGAGACAGUCCUCAAGUCCAAAAUCAAGUGCUCAUUCAUCAAUCCAGUUGUCAAUUUCUCCGCCAUGAAGUUACACUUCGAGAUUCAAAAGAGUCCAUCGGAUAUUUUGGAUCUUCAAUAUCAGCAGCUGUCGUUUGUGAACACCUCGUCCCUUCCAGUCACUGCUAACUUCAACAUCCUCUCAUCGUCUUUGACCUCUGACGGUCAGCAGCAGCAGGCAUUCUACUUCAUAGCAGAUAACAACCAGACACUCACAACAUUCAUGGCGUUCAACAUGGAAGUCGAUGAGGAGUGUCACGUGACGGUGGUGUUUGAUCCCAACUAUGUGCCAGACAGUGCCCACACGAGAUAUCUGACUGAGAACAUUCAGGUCACCUACUCACAGCAUCCAAACAAGGACUUGAUCGCGCUGUCUAGUGUUGUCUACUUUCCCAAUGUCGACUUCGAGACCAAAAUAGUUCACUUCGGCUGUGUCGUGAAUGAAACAGAGGUCACAAGAAAGGUCAAAAUCGCCAAUAGCGGACCUCUGCAUGUAGACUACAAGUGGAGUUUCAAACUAGACGAAGCUGCCAAAAAUGCAUUGGUGGUUGUCGAAAGUUUGGAGGCUGACCAGGAACCCGAGGAAAAUUUGAGUGAACGCAACGAGGAGGCGGAAGUUGCAAAAGAACAAGAAAUCGAAACUCAGGCGCAGGCCGAGCAGGAUAUGGAAAUAACUUCUGUUCACGAGUUUGAAAUUGAACCAAAUCUGAAUGAAAACGUCAACGAAGAUGAGAACGACGGCAAUAUAAAUCAUAUUGAAAACAUUGAAGAUAACGUAGCCGAAGACCAGUCGGCCGAUAUUAACUUGACAGAUAUCCAAGAGACUCAAAACUUCCAGUCGUUACUGGCUAGAGUGGAUUUAGACGAAGAGUUUUUGUUGGAUGAAGAUGAAGAUAAUGAAAAACAGGAUCUGCCUGAGAAGCCACAAGAGUUGAAAGAAUCUGAAGAAGUUGAUGAAAACAUAGCUGUGAAAAAUUCUUCAGAAAAGCCGCCAAUCGAACUCACUGACCUAUACGACAUUCAUCCCCUUUUCGGUCACUUGGCCCCUGGAGAGAGCGAGACCAUUAGCUUUACCUUCUUUGGUCACGUGGGGGUCAAAUCAGAGGUCAUUGCCCUCUGUGACGUCAGAGGGGGUCCCUGUUAUGAGCUGCAGCUAAGUGGCGAGGCUUCUAGUAUGCACUACAACAUUGACAAGACAGAUAUCGACCUUGGACUUGUACGCGUGGACGAGAUUUGUGAGAGUGAAAUAGUAGUCUCAAACACUAGCAAAGUAGAACUGAGCUACAGGUGUGCCUCAAUUGAGCAGCUGGGAGACAAUGUGUAUGUGGGUUGUCCCAUUGUGGAGAAUCCGACUGGAGUUAUCACUGAUUACAGCUCAGAAACUGUCAAGUUCAAGUUCUUACCUGGAGUGCCGGAUGCUUUUUCGAAGAGCUUCAAGAUCCAAGUGUCGCAUUUUGAACCUGUUGAAAUCACUGUUAGAGGUCGAGGUAUCUUCCCACGCUUUGCCCUUGACCUGCCUCGCACUAUUCCCGACAGAGCCGAACUUCUACACGAACUGAUUGCGCAAGCCGAGAAAGAUCUCGUUGCCUCCGAAGGUAAAACUUCUAAGAAGUUGGCCCAAUUUGACGCCGGGCUGAUUAGACUGAAGACGUUUCUAAGUGAGCAGAGGUCCGUGCUAGUAACAGGUGAUAACAAUGUGGACGAAAAUACAGGGGAUCCAACUAAUGUACAGAGUUUUGACUUCAUAAACGAUGACGCUCUGGUUCAAAACGGACCCUCUUCUGCGCUCAUUCUCAAAGCCCAUGUGACAAUGCCUAGCAUGACCAUCUCUGAUAGUGUCCUAGACUUCGGCCAAGUGCUUUGCUCGCAGUGCAAAAUAAUCACCGUCCAAUUUUUCAACCACAAACGAGUGCCUUGCGAGUGGGUAGUCGUUAGCCAAUCAGCGGAGAGCGCAAAGCCGAACAAGGAGAGAGAUGAUUGGUCGACGACUAACCAGCCUUGGAAGAUAAAAAAGAAGAAGGAGAAAGAGAGAAGGGUGGUCAAUGUGUUUGAAGUCAUCCCGAGUGCCGGUGUGUUGAUGCCAGGACAGAGAUAUAAUGUGCAGAUUAAAUUCAUGCCGCUGCAACAGAAAAAAUACGAAGAGCGACUGACUCUCAAAAUAUCCCACAGCAGCUCCAAAGUGGGCUUACAAUGCAGUGGAUCCGGAUUUGAACUCGGGGUUCACUUCACCAAAAACUUCCUCGAGUUCGGACCGUGUCUACCUCACUCUGCUGGCGACGAACAGGAGGUCGUUGUUGCGAAUCCCAGUGACUUCCCUGUUGAAAUAUACUCAGUGGAGUUUGACAAUCAACAUCUAGAAGAGGAGAAAACGUUGAGGAUGAUGAAAGGUUGGGACCGAGACAAUUGUAUUUUGUUGCCGCCUCGCGAUGCGGGCCAAGGACUACCGAAAGAGUUGACGGACUUCUACGCCGAUCACCUUCGCAAAGUGAAACUGGCCGAAAAGAAGCAGGCCGAAAAAACUGCCACUGCUCUCCUAGAUUUGACAGCUGAUGAUGACGAGACGGAAUCAAGGAAAUCAAGCUCAGGCUCCAGGUCAAUUCAAAGUGCCGCUUCUAAAGGCGGCUACAAAGGGAUCCGUCGUCCCAGUCAAAAGUUAUCAAGUGUGAAAGCACCUCCGCAUGCUGACGAGAAUUCGCCGUCAGACCUUGAUGAGACUUCUGACCAAGCACGUCACGCGGGCAAGGAAGACAAAAAGUCAGCCAAGUCUUCAAAUAAAUCAGAUGAGGACAAGUUAGAGUUCCCUCAGGACGGAAAGGUCUCAAAAAGAGGCUCAGAUGUUGACUUAUCAGUUGGUGAUGUCACCGCUCAGACGGGGACAACUCUUAUGCCACCGGGUGAUUCCUCGGUCGACACGGCAACAAUCAAGCCGAACAUCACAGUCGACGGGACAAUCAGUGCGCCCAUCGACACAUCUGGAACCACUGGUGCAAACAAUCUGACCUUGGACCAGACAACCCAUGGAGGUUCAUCGGGCGGAGAAGCUGGUGGGUCGAAUAAUACUGGGGGGAUAGUUCAGGAGACUUCAGGGGAUGUUCCCCCCGAAGAUGCUAAGGAUAAAGGAGUGGGGGAUUUAGAGAUAACCCCUGUGACAGCUGCGAUUGCGAGAUACUUGAACAUUGAUUUGUCACCGGAAGGAAAAGCGUCAGAAAACAGAAGAGGGAUUGCUAUAGUUGUCUAUGGGGCUCCAGAAUCAGGAAAAAGCACAGUGGCUAAAUCGCUGGAGUCAAAAUACGGCCUGUCUGCUUUGAACGUGGACGAGUUGGUUCUCUCGGCUAUGCGAUCGGGUGAUUCGGCUAAAUCGCUUUCGGCCAGACAGCAAUGUGCCAAGACCAUGUACGACAAACUGCACCCUGAGGGAAAAAGUGCCGAGGAGGAAGCGAGAGAAGCCGCGGCCCAGAAACCAGCUGCUCCCGCUGCGCAACCUAAAGCUGGUGCAAAAGCAGCUCAAGCUGUCGCACCUGCUGAACCAGCGCAGCCAGAAACCCUCCCGGCGUUCCCGGUUCCUCGGAAACUGACCGAACUGGACUCUGUUGACCCCGCAAACAGUGAGGGGUUCAUGUCAUGUCACUUGUCAGAAGAAAUGCUGGUGGAUUUGGUGUCGGAAAGACUUCAGAGCAGAGAUUGCUUCAAAGGUGUGGUGUUUGACGGACUAGAAAGUAUCUUCACUCCUAGCAUCCUGGUGACAGUCCAGGUGCUGCUCAAGGCCAUCAACAACCGCAAACACAUCUAUUUUGUCGAAACAAACCUCACACAGGCCUACUUGAAAGAGAGAGCGGCAGUAGUGGCUGCCCAGAAGGAGGCGGAGUUGGAGGAGUUACGGAAGCAGGAGCAGAAGAGAAUCGAGGAGAUGUCGGAGGAUGAGUUCGAGGCACUCAGUCCCAGGUCCAAACAGGAGGUGGAGAGGAAGCAACUCAGGUUCAAACGGGAGAAAAUGAAACGAAUGGAAAUUGAGAAGGAAAAACAGCGCGAAGAAGAAGAGCAGAAGCGAAUGGAGGAACUGGCGCGUCAGGAAGCGGAACGACAAGCCAAGAAAAAGAAGAAGGCUGACGCUAGUAAAACCUCCUCACAUGGAACCGAGAACAAAAGUAGCAAUAAAAGUAACAACUCGAUAGCCCAGAGUUCAAAUAUGGGUGCUGGUGGCGUGGCAGGAGCAGGAGGUAAAGGCUCAGGGUCCCAAGCCGACACGAGUGGGGUGGGCGGUGAUAAUAAGGGGGAGGGGAAGAAGAAAGGGGCGACGUCACAGCCUCCCGCCCAGCCUGUGAUUGAAGAAGAAGCUCCUGUUGUAAAAUUGACAGAUGAAGAAAUUGUUCAGAACACCAGGUUCAAGUUCUACGAGAUGUUCAAAAAUGACAUUUACAAACUACUGGAGAGAUGGGACAGAACGAAGGGACAAACUGGACGACCUCUGAGUGCGGACGGGGACGAAGAUGCUCCCGUUCCUAGACACGCCAGGAGAUACAAAGUCGGGCCUCCAAUUCUGACAGCCGAAAACGAAGAAGAAGCACAUCACGAAGAGGCCACUCGAGGUGGUGAGCCGGUGGAGCGUGAUGAGGAGGCCAGAGCCACUCUAGAGAACAUGGGAGUGCCCCUCAUCCAGGUGAAUGUGGCCAAUCCAGAGGUGAAGCUGGACUCGUGUGUGUUUGAGGCCAGAGUUCUCCCUUCAUAUGAAGAGCUCCACGAGGGUCUGGGCAUCGGCAUCACUGGACCCCCUGUGCCUCCCUCUGCCACCUUCUCCGUGGUUCCAUUUCCCCUCAAGAGGAAACCCCACAUUGGACCAGACCCCAGUGUCAACUUCUCAUUCAUAGCCGCCGCAUUAGACGACCCGAAUUUGAUGGCUGAGAGGGAGAUGCUGGCGAAGAAGAAAGAGGAGGAGCAACGGGAGAAGGAGGAAGCACUUCUUAAGAAAGAAGCUCUGCGCUUGGCCGCAAUUAGUCCUGCACCUUCUUCCCUCUCCGCCUCAGCUCCUAGUCGGAAAUCGAGUCGCCGAAUGAGCAUCGGCAAGAAAGAAAAAGAGAGCAGCCGAGAGAAAGAUUCCAAAUCGAGUCGAACUGGGACUCUAGGCGGGAGCAAAGAGAAGUCGAGUAAGAGUAAGAAGACGACUGCGGGAGAGGACUCAGGUGCUGCUUCUGGUGGCACGAAGAAGUCGGGCGGAAAGAGCAGUGCUGCUGAACCGACUGAGGCUGUGUUUGGUCUCGUGCAAGAGGAUGAUUCGGCUCUUCCGAGAUUAAACAUCCUACGAUGGGUGAUCGCUCCGAAAGGCGAGCGAACUAUACGAGUACGCUUCAUUGCUUCAUCUGCCGGGCAGUUCGACCAAACGCUAAAUUUUGAACUAGUCGGCACAAGACGCAGAUACCAACUACACCUCCGAGGCAUCUCCUGUUUUCCGGCGAUAUCCAGAGAACCCAGAGUGCUGUUCCCGUCGUGCAAGAAAGUGUUGGGAAAGAAAGAGAUCGCGAAGAAGUGCUAUGUUGGAUCUGGCAACUGUUUCGAGUUUGGACCCCUGUUGCUGAAUAAAAAACGAGACGAUAAAGAGACGGCCUACCCUGAGAACAUGGAAAAGUUCUGUUUGUUCAACGACUCCCUCUUGGACGUGGAGAUGUCCAUGUGCUUCCUGCAGGACUCCAACGAGACCACAUUCAUUAUGGACACUCACAACAUUUCUCUGUCUGUGGGGGAGAAAAAGGAACUGACAGUAUGGGCCUAUCCGAAGACCCUAGGCGAGAUCUCGGACGUGAUCGUGUGUUGCAUCAAGGACAACCCAGAACCCCUCUUGUUGAAGAUAUCCUGCCAGGGGUGCAAACCCCAGCUAGAGAUUCCCAAAGUGGACGGCAAAGUGGCGUUUCAGUUUGACAAAGUCCUCUUGCACAGAAAAGACACAAAGGUUGUCCCGUUCCGGAACCCGACAAAACUUCCAGCUGCUUGGAAGAUCAUAGGCAUGGAUAGUCUGCGUGAUGACGUCACUCUAUCGGCUGAGCAGGGAGUGGUUCCCCCUCUCGGGGAGCAGAUGGUGACUGCUGUGUUCAAGGCCACCAAAGCAGGGCCCCUUCCGAAAAGGACUGUGAAAAUGGAGGUAACGGACGUGGACAAGAUCAUGGGCGUUGUGCAGACAGAACAAGUGGUGGCCACAGGCGAAGCGUAUGAUGUACUCCUCGAUAUGAGUUUCCCCAAAGGUCCCGAAGGUGGACUUGACUUCGGCUCGUGUCGUGUCGGUGAUGAGAACAUCCGACAAACGCUUUCGUUGAAAAACAAAGGCAAAUACGAGAUCAAGUACCAGUUCCUGUUCGAACAGUGUGGGCUAAGUGAGGAUCCGAGUAAGUUCUUUUCGAUCACGCCUGCAAUUGAGGGGUCUCUAUCGGCUAGUGACAAACCGACUAACAUCACUUUGGGUUUCUUCACGAAGAAAGAACUGACGAUUAAGAAUGCGCCUAUUAUCAAGUGCAAGAUUGUUGAACCGUCUCAAGGCGACCUGGGCGAAGUGAUUGCCAUAAUACCGAUUAAAGUCUCAGUCAGGGCAAUCUUCAGUCGGUUCAAAAUAAGUCCCGCCCACGAUCUCAACUUCGGUCCCGUGUGUAGUGGAACAAGGAAACAGAAGUUCUUCACGAUUGAGAACCUGGGGGAGUUUGAUUUUCAGUAUAACAUCACGAGACCAGUGACAAAAGAUGAUCAACUGCUUGUAGAGAAAAAGGGCAAGCGUGGUGCCAAGGCUGAAACAGCGAGAUCACGUGAUGCGUCAGUGUCGAGUAAGGCUACUUUGAACCCCAAAGGAGGCAAGAAAUCAGACCCAAACAAUUUUCAUAGUUGGGCACGUACUCAUCAUAAACGUCCCAUGACUGGAAAUGCGCAGUUCAAACUGAACAUGGAGGCUUUCAACUUGUCGCCUGCUUUCGGCUUUGUGCUCACUGGAACUCAACAGGUUGUACAAGUGGAGGCAUAUGGAGAGACCAUUGGACACUUCGAAGAGGAUCUUCUAUUGGACAUCAGUGACCGUAUGAUGACUCCUAAGACCAAAAACGGGAUCCCAUUUAAACUCAUCUCGGAUGUAUGCAGUCCCGUGAUUGAGACGCAGAACAUCCUCUCUAUCUUUGAGGAGCACAUCGUCUGCAAGAAUCUCAGGAACUACAAGAGCACCUCACAGUACACCUUCUGUGGAGUGUAUGGAGAAGAUGAGAACCGAUUCGUGUUCUCAAAUGUCAUCAUUGUGGGAGAGAAAGCCAAAGCCAGAUUCAAGAUCGUCAAUCCCUCCAAAGUCGCAGCAGACGUGACAUUCUCAGUGAAGAACAGUUCAGUUCAGAGCAAAUCGAAUAAACAGACAGUGGAGACAUUCGAAGUGUCCCCUCACCAAGUCAACAUCCAGCCCCACAGCCACGUCUACGCUGUGGUCACCUUCUCGCCCGCAAGCAUGCACAACUACAGCACUGUGUUUGAAGCCAUGGUCGACGGGGUAGCCCAGUUCACACCUUCCAACUACUUCUCAUUCGAUAUCACUGGAGAAGCUACUCUGCCUCGACUUACUGUGGCCAGACCAGCUCUCCAAAAUAACCGAGGACAUCCUCUCCUCUUGUUCAAGAGGAUCCUAAUCGGCCACGCCCAGACAAUCCCGGUGGUUCUUAAAAACGAAGGCGAACUUGUAUGCAAAGCGUACUUGGAUGUCGGAGACCAAUCAGGAGUCUUCAAAGUCGAAGCUGGAGAUGACGUCACUCUCGUGUCGAUGAGCGAAUCGGAGGCGGAAACAAAUGAAGAUAAACAUGAGACGAAUGGAAGUCGCAAGUCUUUGCAUGACUUCGUUUUUGAACUGCAGUACCAAGAGAGUGCGACUUUCUGGGUGACAUUUGUUCCCAAAGAGGAGAAGAGAUACCAUGAUGGAAUCCGAGUUGUGGUGGAGAAAAAUAACUUUGAGGAAUUGGACAUUGUGUUGGUUGGAGAGGGCUAUUCAGACAUAAUAUCCAUCGAUAAUGUGCAUGGAGCUGUGAAUGACAUUUCCAAUGCCAGAAUCAUGGACAGUAGCAGUGCUUCUGAGGCUAAAGACUCCUCGGCCAUGAUGGAUGACAGCGAAAUCAAAGCGCCCAAAACGAAUCAUCUCGACUUCGGGGAUGUCUAUCUAAACGAGAAACGACAAAUGUCGUUCACACUUACAAACCACUCGAAGGAAGAUUUGAUCCGAUUCGAGUUCCCGUCGGACCACGCCCACCUCUCGUUCACGCCCUCUGCGGGUCACUUGAGGUCAAACUGUGCGAAGGAUAUUGUGGUCAUCUUCAAGAGUGCGAACCCCGUAGAAGUGAAGAUGAAAGAGGUCGUGUGUGCUCUGAGCAAGAUCAGAUUGGCUGAUACCGAUGAGACGACAUCUGAUGGUCAGUGUGGUGGUGGGAUGGACUGGGACAACUCUAUGAAAACUAUGCAGUGGGUGGAUAUUAGACGCGAGAAGACAUCUGCCGGCAUCACAUCUGCACAUGACCACUUUGACCCAGACAAGAAAGAACCCAGCAAUCUCUCCAGAAAACGCACAGGAUUCGACGUUAAUGAAAGCGGCAUCAGUGCCAUUGGAAUGCACCACGAGGACGCCAUCGUCUCUAAUUUGAAUGUCGAGGCACCGCAACCAGGAGCAACAGCCACUGUCUCCAGAGUCGCUCGCAUUACGAGUGCCACUUCAAGUGACAAAUCGGGAACCUCUCGCGCUCUCUCCCCCAAACAAGGAAAAUCAGGAUCCCAACGCUCUUCAUCUACCUUGAAUCCCCCGUUCAGGAAAAAGAUGACCCUGGUUGAACCGGAGCCAAAACACGAAGUGGUGGAUGGGUCGAAACGCGACGUGGAGUUGUACUACUCGGCUAUAAGCGACUACUGCCGUUUUAAAGUGAACUCUCAGAAUGGAACUGAUAUCCACUUCAAGGACACGCUUAUGUUUCAAUCACGCGUUUACGAAUUUCGCCUUGAGAACACUUCCAAGAUCAACUUCGAGUACGAAUGGCAGGCUGUCAAUGAGAGCAACCUCAAAUCUGUCAGUUUCGCCAAGGAUCUGCUAGAUGAACGAUCGGCCUCAGUGGACCAGCAACAAACAGCGCGUCUGAACGAGUCUCCGCUACCUAUAAUGCAACAGAGUCCAGUCAGACAGCGGACAAUUCAAUCCACUCACAGCAACGUCAGCACAGUCAACUCUCUCCGAGUCUCAGUUAUGCCUGACUCGGCCGCCGACUUCCUCCCGCAGAAUGCGACAACCAAGCCAACUGCAGCCUCUGGAUACGAGAGCCCGGCACCCCUGGAUGAUUUGGAAACUGUUCCAUUCCUGGUGGAACCUCCUAGAGGCGUGGUCAGGGCGGGUCUGUCACAGACUUUCAAGGUCAAGUUUUGCCCAUUAGAUGUGAAGGAGUUUAAUGCACGACUAGUAUGCAGGAUCCCGAAUUUGGAAGAAGGCGUGAUGGGUCCCGUGAUAGCCGUGCACGGUAAGAGUCUCCUUCCCUACGUGCACUUCGAACUGGAGGACUCGGACUACUUGACCUCUAACAAGAGGUCACACCUGGGGUCAAAUCUGUUCACCCUCAUGGACUCGGCUGUGGACCCGAACACUAGGGUGUUAGAGUUCAACAGCUGUGGAAUCAACAGAACUAUCAGAAGAUCGUUCCGUGUGAUCAACCCCACGAAGCACCCCUUCUUCUUCUCGUGGAGUCAGUCGCUCUCUGAGACCGAAACAGUCUCGUCCAAUGAGUUCAAGUGUCUGAAGAAGUCAGGACAGAUUUUAGUCGGAAAAGCAAUAGAUGCGUUGUUCGAGUUCAAAGGGCGCAAGUUGGGCUCGUUCGAGACUUUUUGGACGUUCCAGAUUCCCAAACUAGGAAUUGAAGUGCCAUUCUUGCUAGUUGGACAUGUUUCGGAGCCAUCAGUAACACUCGAUAGAAACCACGUGAACUUCAAGAGCCUCCUCAUUGGUGCUUACUCGGAGGAGACGGUGUACGUGGUGAAUCACGAAGACGAGUCGUACAAAGUGACAGCUGACGAGGCCUCACUCAUUGAACCAGACACAGGAGAGAGCGUACAGGUCACUCCAAGGGCAUUCACAUUGGAACCCAAGUCAAGAACUGCUGUGAAGCUUCGUUUCUACGCACGACUGGAGAAAGAAGUGAGCUUCAACGUCCUCCUUCAAGUCCAGUUCAAGUCCAUGCCUCUCAAGGUUAAUCUGAAGGCAGUUGGCUAUGGCAUGGACUCACAGCUGUUCUACAUCGAGGGAGAGAACGAAAAAAUGGAACUGAGUCACUCGCAGAUCAACGAAAUCGACUUCGGAGAGGUCGAAGUGAACGACAAACUGAUCAAAACGUUCUCGAUCGCCAACAGUGGCAAAUACCUCUUCGACUACUCUUGGUCUCUCACCCAACCCCAACUUCCAUCCUCCGCCUCCCCUCACCAGCCCCCACUGAGUAUGGACCCAAGUGGGGCAUCUGUGGAACCAGGGAAGUCCACCACUGCCAUUCUGACGUGGCACCCAAAAUGCAAACAUUCACUCAGCGGAGCAUUGCUCAAUUUGUCGGUUAAAAAUGGGCCCAAGUACAAAAUAGCUCUUGUGGGGAAGGCUGUGAAACCAAGUGUGAAGUUCUCCUUCCGCAAAUACAAUUUCGGCUACACAUUCCUGUCGGCUAAUGAGCAGAUUGUCAAGCAGAGUUCACUCACAAUUACCAACAACGACUGCAAGACCAUCAACGUGGACUGUCUCUUCACUAAUCAGCCCCACCUGAAAGUGUCGAUGGAAGGUGGGGGCACUUUGGAGCCAGACAGCAGCUGCCAGGUGUUGUUCAAGUUCGCCCCCCAGAAGUGCGUCAAAUACAGUGAAGUGGUGAAGUUCCUGAUCAAUGGACUAACUGAGACAGACGUUAACAUUACUGGACAUGGCUGUGAUCUGAAGCUGGACGUGAUGGGUGGUACGAAGAACAAGACGUGCAAUUUGGGCGCCAUCAGGAUAGGACAGGUUUCCAAGAAGAGAGUCCAUCUUGUCAACCACAGUCUCUCACCGGUCACAUUCUCGCUCGGCACCAACUUGACUGACCCGGCAAUCUGUGAUCCGGGUACUCUGUCUCUGUGGCCAGAGAAGGACAUCACUCUGGCUGCGAAGAACGGGUGCAUAGACAUUGACGUCAAGUUUCACCCAAAGACCAGAGUCACCCAGUUCCUGGAAGAAGUGUUACUGGAAGUGGAUGGUAUGAUGACGUCACCUCUGUUUGCUCUGAGUGGUUGUUGUCAGGCCACCGAGGUCACUCUGGACAGUGAGACCAUUCCCUUCGGGGCUGUGACCUUGAACAGCAGUUCAAACAGGAAACUAGUCAUGACCAACUCGGGUGACAUCGGGGCCAGCUUCCAGUGGAAUGCGGCCAAAUUCGCACCUGAUUUCUCCAUCUCCCCCACCGAGGGCUAUUUGUCCCCCGGCAUGGAGCUGGUGUUUGACCUCACUUUCCACCCGCAGACAGUCAGCCAGGAGAUCAGAUACGACAACCUCAUGUGUUACAUUGAACACUACAAACCACUCAAGUUGAGUCUCACUGGAAUGUGUGUGGGCACAGCGCCUAUCCGAGAAACUCUCAGCUUCACAGCACCCGUUCGAGGCGCUGACAAGAAGACGAUCUCUCUGGCGAACAGAAGUUACGCCAACUGGAAUCUGAAGCCAGUGAUAGACGGGGAACAGUGGCACGGCAGUGAAGUCUUCAAUGUAGAUGCGGGACACACUAAGAACUAUGAGUUGGUCUACAAACCACAGAGCAUGACUAUUCUAGAUGGAAAGAAACACACGGGCACAUUGUUCUUCCCGAUGCCAGAUGGGUCUGGUCUGUUGUACCAGCUGAUAGGCACAGCCGAACACCCUAAGCCCACUAGCAGUCUCACCAGAGAGAUCCCCUGCAAGACCCACUACACAGAAGUACUCACUGUCUCCAACUGGCUACAAGUACACCAGAGGUUCAAGGCGUUCAUUGAGAUGGUGAAGCCGGAGAAGCUGGAUGCGACUACGACUCUGAAGGGACUGGACUACGUGGAGGUGCCUGCCAUGUCUACCGCAGACUACAAACUCAACUUCUACUCUUACAGAGAGGGAACAUACACUGCCAAGAUUGUGUUGGCGAACGAGAAGACACGAGAGUACCAAUACUUCCUCGUGUCCUUCAAGAGCAUCACGCCUGGAGUGCUGCAGACGAUAGACCUCACUUCGACUGUGCGCAAGUCUGCCUCUCACACUCUCAAAGUGCACAACCCCCUCUCUACUGCAGUCAACGUGACCCUUAGUAGCAACACGUCGGAACUGUCUGUACCAUCUCCUGUCACUCUGCCGCCAGAGGCUGAGGGCUCAAUCAGCGUCGACUAUUUGCCCCUGAAAGAAGGUGAAAAUGUCAGCCGAGUGCAGCUGCAAUGCAAUGAGCUUGGACUGUUUGUGUAUGAGUUCAGAAUGAAAGCGCUCCCGGCUGGACUCGAACGCCCGAUGUUCUUCAAGACUACUCUGGGGUCGAACCAAGCUUUGACUGCAAAAAUUGUGAAUUAUUACAAAAGCAAAACUGACUUUACUUGCCAAAUUCUGUCAGUGGACGGCAGCAAUGCAGUUCAGGAUUUCACGAUUGAGAAGACGGUGACUGCCUCUUCAGGGAGUGUGGGUGGAUCUGAAGUGCCUCUAGAUGUCACCUACGAACCAUCAGCAGUCGGAGACUUCAAGGCCAUGCUAGAGGUUUCGUCGUCACAUGCCGGAGACUUCCAGAUCCCGCUGUUUGCUACAUGCUUGGCUCCCAAACCACAAGGACCCUACGUCAUAAAAGCCAACUCAAGCACACCAAUUGUAUUCAAAAAUGUCUUCAACCAACCGGUGAACUUCUACAUGACAACCGACAAUAAAUGUUUCUCAGUUCGGGAAUCCGACUCCAUUCGUGCUAAGAAGUCGCACAGUAUUAUGGUGUACUAUGAGGGAAACCCAGACGGAAGUAAAAACACGAAAAUGGGGAAGCUGAAAGUAUACUGCCCUCGAGAACUUACAAACGGAGAAAAUAUUGUCUGGAUUUUUUACCUGAAAGGAGUCACGCCCUAGAUUUUGUUCGUUUGAAACACGAAUCAAACUUCUAUCACGUUUUAGUUAUAUCUGAUUGAGGUGAAAACUCUGAAAGUGUUAUAAAAUCAAAUGUGAAUUGUAAAUAAUGUAAAUAAUUUUAAUUAAUGUUGUAAUUUUAAUCAAAUGCGAUUUGCGUCAAAUCCAUAAUAGAUAUUUUGGAAGUAA